CUGUGCAUAGUUAUCUACGACUAGAUAGCCAGAGCGAUCAGCACUCGCGCGUCUCUAGCACAGCACAGCCAUUUGUCGACCGCAAAGCAUUCAUCAUCUUCUCGCCCUCAUCGCCAUGUCCGCUUCUCGUCCAUCUCGCUCACCCUCGCCAGCCCAGGCACCACCUGUACAGCAAACUCCCGGUCCACGCGCCGCAGCCCUCCAGAAGCUGUAUUCCGAUGCCGUCUCGCACACCCUUCGCACUUGUAGCUACUCGAACUUCGCCUCGUCCUUCCCGACACCGGCCAGUCAUGCUCCCGAUGCCAUGAAGCGCCUGCAUACCGACUUUGUCGAGAAACUGGACCGUACAUGUAAACUCAACUUUGAUCAAAUCCUACGCGAUCGUCAAGUUGUCGCGUCGCUGAACGACCUGGAUCGCUUGGUAGAAGACGCGAGAAAAAGAAAGACAGCCGCAGAGCAGGCUCAGGACGGUCAAGCAGCACAACCUCCGCUCCCGUACGUCUUUGACUGCUUUGUCGCCGGGAAUAGCACUUACUCUUUGCACAGUCCUCACACUCUGCCGGCUUCGUCUUUGUACUUGUCGCAUCUUGGCCCACUUCUCUCCGAGAAGCACGAUUCACUAUCGUCAAGACUGCAGACUGCCCAAUCCGAGAAUGCCGACUUGGUCGAUACGGUCCUGCAACAACGCCGCGAUAUUGAGCGUCUCGUUUCGCAGCUGGAGACAACGAUUGCUGAUAUAGAUGCUGCUAACGGAGCUCUACAUGACAUGGAUGCUCUGACAGAGGAAGCUGUCGCUCUGGACAUGGACCUGAGAACUGCCGGCUGAUUGCAGCGUCUCGGUAUUACAAAAAGGAUCCACCCCGCCUUUUACCCCCGUCUGGGCGGAACCAAAACAGGACAAGCAAGAAGGUCCGCGCGGAGCAUCGUUGCAUCGUUGCAUCGCGUGUUUUGUUGCCAACAGCGGGCCCUCACGUUGCGUGCCUCAAAUGCCUUUUUCAGCCCCAUGCUGCUAGCGUGC